AUGGAAGCAUUGUUGAUCUCAAAAGUUAUACAAGAAUAUACAGAAUUUCUGAAUCCCUCUCAGUUGUAUUAUCAUCAAAAGUUCUGACACAGCUGUUAAGCCAUACAAUACUCAGUCAAUUAAUUUAUCGAAAUUAUAGAUGAAAGCAAGGUUAUUGAUAACAAAGCUUUAUAUGGUAUUUUUUUCAGAACAUUGGACAAUCUCAAGCUUUGGGAACUUAAAUCUUUGGUCUCCGUUGUUAUGUCGAAAUUUACAUGCACAAGACCAAGAUGA